AUGUCCGAGCUUAAAUCUCUUAAAAAAUGUCAAAGGUCGCAUCAUACGACUUUGCAUCGCACUUCGCCCAGUAACUCCAAAACUGUUAAUACGACUGAAAUUCAGGCCACUGAUACUUUGAACAACGCGGCGAGCGUUAACUUGCUCCUGUCAAAGUUGGUAAAUGCGGCGCCCAACGCCGUCUCCGCGCAGACAAAAGAUUUUUCAAAUUGCGCGACUAAGUAUCCCGAUCCCUCCAGCAAGGAGAAAAUUAAUGUAUUAAUAGGAGCCUACGGCCAACUUUUAAUUAGGCCUCUCAAAAAUGGUCCGCUCGGAUCACCCACGGUCCAACUUACAAAGUUGGGAUGGAUAAUCUCCGGCCCCACCGAAGACACUCGCGAUUCGCGAGCGGCGUGUGCCUUUGCGACGCAUUGCGCAGUCGCAUUAAAUACUGAAACGAUUAUCCCUCCCGCUAAUGGUGACAGUCACCACACCGCGCUUUUAAGAUAUGCUCAGCAAGAACAACGCCUACAAAAAAAACUGGAACUCGUGCGCGCCUACUCGGAAUUUUCACAGGAAUACGAGUUCAUGAGGCACAUGGAAAAGGUCCGCGGUACUAACGCGAUAAAAAAACCGCUAUACGUUCCGUAUCACCCAGUUAUCCGGGAAGGCAGCGCAACAACGCGCGUACGCGUUGUCUUUAACGCGUCGAACGUUAUAUCGAAUGGAACGUCGCUUAACGACCAUUUACACAUCGGCCGUAAACUGCAACGUGAAAUAAGUUGCGUCUUAUCUAGCAAUGGCGCCGACAUUAUUUUGUUUACAUGGCGGACAUUGAAAAAAUGUUCCGUCAAAUACGUACAUCGCAAAGAUACGGAUUAUCAGCGUAUCGUUUGGCGAACAAAACCAGACUGUUCCAUAAACAAUUAUUGUCUCCUCACCGUUACAUACGGUACGAUUUGCGCGCCUAAUCUUACGAACCGCUUAUUUUUGCAAUUAACCGCCGGCAAAAGCGAGUCGUUUUCCGACACGGUCAACGUAAUACGUCACUCGACUUACAUCAAUUCCGUCUUGUUUGCCGCAAACGAUCGCGAGAAGGCGCGUUCUCGUCGCACUACUGAAACGUGGUGGAUUUACCUUACGCAAAUGGGUAGUAAACGAUGCAGCUCUGUUAUCAAGUAUUCCCUCCGUCGAACAUAA